AUGAAAGUUGUAGAUAUUACUGGUGCUGGAUUAAUGGACUAUUAUUAUCUGUCUCCCACCGUUGUCAUUUUGACUAAUCAACAUAGUUCUUUCUCAGAGUUUGUCAGCACCAGAGCUUCCAAUUUUUCAAACUACUCCGGAAAUUUUCAAGGAGUACUCCAUCUCUACAAGCCAUUCGGAAACACUUGGUCCAAGAAUAUGCUACAGUAUGAUGAUGACAGGACACAGAUGCCAACGCCGUACUCAACUUGA